AUGGACGAGUCCACUCCACAGCACGAAUCGUCUGCGCAGGCGAAGAAGCGCCGUUUUUCCCGCGUCAGUAGAGCGUGCGUCGAGUGUCGAGUCCGUAAAAUCCGCUGUGAUGCUCGACAGCCAUGUGAGCCGUGCGAAGACUUCAACCGCCGCUGUGUCUACGCUUCCACCAGGGCGCAGAGAACUGGUGGUGCCCCGCGUACCAAGAUUCUCGAGGACCGUCUACGGCGAGCACGUGCUUUGAUCUCCCAACUCCAAGCGGAGCAUCCCUCUGUUCGACACCGUGCUGAAAUCGAUGCCAUCUUCGACACGCCGCCAGGGUCGCCAGACUCGGUGUCCGCCGCCUCGCAGCAGGCCGAUGAACAACAUGACGAUGACGACUCCCUGGCGGGCGACCUGGAGAAUAUGAUGGAUGGCCAGGGCCGCUUCACCACUGCUGACGACAACAACCUGACCUAUUUCGGCGGACCCUCGGGUUUCACAUUCCUGCACAAAACCCAGCAGCUUUUUGGUGACGACGAGAGCGCAGGCACCGGACCGCCAAAGCCAGCCAGUCCACAUCACCUCGCUCUGUCUCAUCUCUUCGACUCGCCGCUCCCGGACAAACAAGCCUUGUCUACAAGUGUAUCCAUCAACCAGCUGCUACCAUCGCGCGCCACCGCAACGCGCCUGCUCAGCAUCGUCUUCGAACAGACUCACCAGCUGCUACGUUUCAUUGAUGAGUCCUGGUUCCACACCCAGACCGACCGCAUCUACGAACUCGAUCCCAUCGACUAUGCUGACUCCGACCAUGACUUUCUCCCUCUGUUCCUCGGCGUCGUUGCCGUGGGCUAUCUGUUCGAUCCUCAGCGCCACAAAACCUACGGCUGCCGAAGGACCAUUGACCAAGCCAUGCGCCACUUCAUCGCCGCCAGACAGAUGAUUGAUGUCACCAGGUGCCAUGAUCUGGUCGCCCUGCAGACCAUCUUGAUCUUUGCCCUGUUUCUGAUGUCGACCGCCCGCCUAGCUACCGCGCAUACCUAUGUCGCUCUGGCGGCAGCAGCUGCAAUGCGAAUGGGCAUGCACUCGCAGACCACCUACGGUAAUUUCCUACCCCGCGAGAACGAAGCCAGGAGGGCUCUUUUUUGGACGAUUGUGAAGCUCGACGUCUACACUGGGACCGUGUUGGGCCUGCCUGGGCUGGUCAACCUCAGUCAUGUCGAUCAAGUGCGGCCAAGUGGCUCAAUCAAAGACUACCAAUCCGCAGACCCUGCAAGUUCGGCAUCCCGUAAUAAAAUGAGGAUGCUCGCAGCCUCGGCGCAGUAUCGUGAACUGCUGCUCAUCAUUGCGGAGAUGGUGCAAAGACUGUACCCGAAGACCGAGCACGAAGCAAAGCAGGUCCGCCGAUCCAAGAAGAUGCUGAUCAGCAACACUGUCAUUACGGACGUCGAAAGACAAUUCAAAGCCUGGCGAGAUAAUCUGCCCGUGGCUUUGGGCGUCGACAACGAACCAGACUCGCCGGCUUUAGAGAGCACUCUGUAUGAAUUGGAAAUGGCGCACAACCUCGGGCACAUCCUCCUAUAUCGCCCAUUCUUACACUAUCUCGCGCGCAUGCGCGACCAGACGCCUCCAGACACACGCCAGCUGCGUUGUGCAUCAGCCUGUGUCAAAACCUCGCGCCAAACCAUCACUCGCUCGGACGAGAUGCUCCAGCAAGGCUACCUCGCCCCAGCUGCGUGGCAGCCCGUCUACACCAUCUUCCUCGCCAUCGUCGCUCUAAUCUUCUAUUUGGCCACGCAGAAAGGCGCACCGGACUACUCGGCCAUCGAAAUCGAGGCGCAGAUCGGCAUCCGCAUUCUCGCAAGCACAUCCUGCCAGGACAUCGGCAGUCGGCGGUGUCUUGACGUGCUCAAAGUUCUGGCCCGGCGUCUCGGCCACAUCAUCCAGCUUGACAUCGAGAGCAUCGAGAAGCAGACCAUCAGCUUCUGCCAGGCGGAUGUGACUGUUCCUAUGGCUACGCAACCGUCGCAGGCUUCCAACGUUCCACUACGCCACCCUUCCGUCGCGUCGUCGAGUGAUUAUUAUUCCGACUCACCUUACAGCCGCACUCACCCGCCGCAGAUACACCCUCAGAUGUCCCAUCCACCCAUCCUGCGCUCCAACACCCCUCACUCCCGCAGCUCGGCCGUAUCAUCAUUACCGGCGCACCCGGCCCAGCCGCACCCAGGACAGAUCUACGGGCACCCCCUCGGACAGCCUGCCAUGAUGCAGCAGCGCAUGGCCGCAACAGCCGCCAACGCCAUGUUCCCCAGCGCCGUAGGCAUGGGCAGCGACGACUUUGCGGCGCAUAACGCCGCCAGCAGCACGUCAGACAUGGAGGUGCCGUUUUCCGACACGUUUGCCUGGCCGUUCGAUCCAAGCCAAAUGACGACGAGCGCCGCGAGUGGUGACGGUGGUGGCGUAGGCGGUGUGGGAGGUACCGUUAAUGGGGCCGCCGGUGCUGGUGCCGGUGCCGGUGCGGGCGGUGCAAGUGGUGCUGGUGCUGUGGGAAUUGCAGACGGCAUGGGCGGAGGCAGUCCCCUGACCAGUGAGGAUAUCGCCGCGUUUAUGAUGAGGAUCAAUCCUGGUCAGGAGCCUUUCUUGUGA